UGUGCACAGUACAUGUAGACUAUACUUAAAAAUUACUGCUUACAUUCACAAGAGUAUCAUUAUAGCUUGAAUUAGUCAUGGCGAAUAUUAUCUCAGCACUACUAGGUGUAGUCACUAUUGCUUUAGUUGGACAACUCUCUGCAAUAGCACAAAGCUGUAAUAGUGGACAUGUUCAACUAUCACAUAACACAACGGACAAUAGAAGCUACGUUCAGUACUGCAUUGAUAGUAUUUGGAGGACUCUGUGUACUAGAUCGUGGUUGCGUGUUGAAGCGAAUGUUGUAUGCAGACAGCUAGGCUACAGUGACCAAGGAGCCAUAAAAGGGGUGACUGCCUUUGGUGACAUUCAUAUGGGAAAGUUCUUCAUGUUCAGUCAAUCAUCGUGUGCUGGUGGGGAGAAUACAUUAGCAGAGUGUAAACCAACAAACACAUUGGAAAACUGUCGCACGAGUGAAAACAACAGACAAGGAUGGGUAAAAUGCAUUCCAGCCAACUGCACUGAUGGAUCUCUUCGACUGGUGGGUGGAUUCAACAUAAGACAAGGACGAGUGGAGGUGUGUCAGAACAAGAGAUGGGGUACAAUGUGCUACAACCAAGCACUAGCUGGACAUGUUUGCUCUCAGCUAGGAUUUCCAAGCCAAGCAGCAGUGUCAAACGUAAUCAGCACAACAAGCCCACAAGUUAGUUGCACCAUGGAUACCAACAAUAGAUUGAGCUGUGGGAACAUCACUGACAGUGGGUUACAUGUAUGUGCUCGAGGUUUAGCCGUUGAGUGUCCAUCGUUCUGUGAGACAUGUCCUAACUCAUCAACAUUAUGCAUGGCACCCUCUGACAUAAUCGAAGAUCAAACUACCACCAACAGCAGUGAUCCAACAAUCCCAAGCAGUAGUAUCUCAACCAGUGCUGCACAGAAUACAACCAUGCAUCCAAGAAGCCCAAUCACCAGUGCACUAGGAGCAGUGAUUGGACUUCUUGUACUACUAGAAGUAGGGACAGUUAUUGCGUGGGUGGCUUGCACUGUCACAAAGAAAAGGAACUCAAGUCCAACAAAACAAAGUAACAGAAUUCUAACAAAAGUGAAUGAGAGUUACAAUGGGACAUUCCUGAAUGUCAGCUCACAAGAUCCUAACUACGAUACUGUGACCACAAUUGAUGAAGCAGUUGGUGACUAUGACGUCAUUGAUAAUUUCAAGCCCAAGCCGAGAGCACUCCAGAUAUCCAAUCCACCACCAGUGACGGUAGAAGCCAGUAAUUAAGGAAAGAGAGGUUCAGAGUAACAUGCAGUCAUAGCUAGUGUGCAGAGACGCAUAAUAUUACAGAAUACAAAACUAAGCAUGCAGUAUACAAUAACAAUCAGGUUGCAUUACCAUGUCCUAACUAUGUUUCAGAAUGAUUACUACAGUAUAUGAUGUUAGAUCUCAUACAAAUGGACCAUUAGCACAUUAGCAAUUUAACAUAAUUUAUAUAAGUUUUUAAGAACAGUAUACUAAUAUUGCACUUUUCUACUAGCUACAGUCAGCACACAGUACAAUAAUUAUACACACUUUGUUAUCAGAGUUAUAUGCCCUCAGGGCACGAGAGAGGAUGUGAC